AGGUGGGCACUGCCGCCUCGCGCGGGGAUUGGGCGUCCACGGCCUGACUCGCCCAGGAUCUCGGGCGGAGCGGGUCAAGGACGCGAAAGCCUCAGAGAAACCAGCUGCACGUCACUCUCCGGAGCCUGUCGGGGAGCCGGACGGGGCCAGGCGGCCCCGAGAUGAGGUGCAGCUGGGGACCCCAGUUCCUCGCGCUCCUACCCCUGCUAGCGCAGCUGAUUCUGCCAGGCGAUUGCAACGAGGGCAGCAGCGCUGGAAGUUGUCGCUGUGAUAAAAUAUUUUUUUCUGACUCCCCUCCAACGGUUCAAGCCAUAGGACGUUUCCAAAAACUACUGAAAGCCUUUGACCGCUGUACUCCCUUGGUCAGGUUCCGCCUACUUUACCGGACGGUAUGUGGGGGCAGCAAAGACCCAUGGGUGAUUGACUUGAUCAGCUGCUUUGAACGAAGAGAAUGUGGAUUUGAUAACUCUGGGAGAGUGGCCCACCAGGGGCAUUUACCUCCCCCCAGCACCCAGGUUCCUGAGUCCACAGAAAGGGCACCUGCAGUCACAGGCAUCCCUUCUCAGACGUACCUGCCACCCAUCCUGCAGUCUACUCAGCAGCCUACCCUUCCAGUAGGAACAUUGAACUUGGACAAAAAGCUCACCCACGCACAUGAAACCACUACUUCCUCUGUGGGCCACAGUCUGGAGGCUGAGCCUGAGGCUGGGGAGAACCAGAAGCAGUUGGAAGAAAAUGUGGGUCCUACAUCUGUCGUGGUGCCAGUGCUGUCCCUCUUGGUCAUUGUCUUCAUCCUGACUGGAGUCCUCCUCUAUGUGCUGUGUAAGAGGAGACGUAAGCAGUCACUGCAGUACUCUCAAGGUAAACUGGACCUCUGAACCCCUCCAUUAGGGACCAGUCUCCUUGGUAGGGAUCCUGACCCCAGUAGCCUGGAUAGCUGGACCCACCCAGGCAGACAAAUAUGAAGACUAUCUGCACCAUGGACCAUAAGUCACGAGAGAAGAGUUAGUCAUACUACAGAAUGGGGAGGGAGGGAAGCCACCAAGGACCCAGGGACCAAUGCUUGGCCUGCAAAGCCAGGCAGUGCUUGGAGAAACAUCAAGAAGAUGGCAGCUAGAGCAGGCUAGUGGGAGAUGAAGGGGUGGAAGGUGGGAGCCAUCCAUUUAAUUCACAAAUCUUUAUUUAAAGUUCCUACUAUGUACCAGGUGGUAUGGUUGAACAUUUUGGAGUCUGACUCGCUAUCACUCCCCCACCCCAACUUCCCUUGAUUUCAGAGCUCAUCUCUUGAUUUAUCUUUUCCAGAUUCGGUGCUUUAAUAUAUACCUGUGGCACCAGACUCCCAACACUUGGGCUAAGAAUGGAAGCCUGUGAGAGUCGAAACUGUGAUUUAUUCCACACCAGAUACAUCUAACGCACUAGAACAGCCUCUCUGACAUAUGGAGGCACUUCGCAAGUAUUUGUUGUUUAACCAGCCACUGCCCCCCCCUUAGACCUUUCUUUUGCUUUCACCCCCCCCCGGUCUUUACACUGGGUAAAAUUCCAGACAAAUCCUAAAUGUAUGUUUUUUUACUAAAAAUUAUUUUUGUAAUUAUUGACUCUUCUUUCUGUAUACAUUGGUCUCAUGCCCUUGCCCCUUUACCAGGACUCCUGGCUUCAGCUUCUCUGCUGAUGGUGCCCCCCUCCCCAAAG